CAAGUUAAUCUAAUCGAAUCUACUACCGUGAAUACAUCUAUAUCUAUGGAAUAUACUCCAAUUGAACCUACCACUAUAAAUACAUCUACAUCUAUGGAAUAUACUCCUACUACUGUAAAUACAUCUAUGGAAUAUACUCCAAUUGAAUCUACUACGAAUACAUCUAUAGAAUCCACUUUUAUACCUUCUAUAUUAAUCGCCAAUCCCCAUAACCUUACUACAUCUACAAGUGAUCCAGCUAUAUCGAGUACUAACUCUAACAAUCCUGCGUCUACAAUCGCCAACCCUAGUAGUCCAGCUAUACCUACUGCUAUUAAUACCUCUAAUGCAUCUAACUCUGAAAUUCUUGCGAAUUUAAUUACUCCUAUUGAAGAAAUAUCUAGAGUUAGUAGUAGUAGCGAAGAAGAAAAUAGUGGAAAUAUAACAUUGAGUUUAGUUCAGCUUUAUAAUAAAGCAGAACGUUCUCAAAAGCGUGCAAUAUUAGCAAACCAGGCUGAAAUAUG